AUAAUUUUGCAUGCUGGCAACAUUUGGACCGUGUGGCAACCACCCAUGAACCGCAUUGCGUCAAUAAAAGCUGAGCGAUUUAAUAACAACUUGGAAGUUUCAUUUCACAUUUUGAGAGACCGCAACAGAAAAAAUGGCUGAACCAAUUCGUAUCGUGGUUACUGGAGCUGCUGGCCAAAUAGCUUACUCCCUGCUCUACAUGAUCGCCAGGGGAGAAGUUUUUGGCAAGGAUCAGCCUCUGAUUUUGCACUUGCUGGACAUUCCACCCAUGGUGGGCGUAUUGGAGGGUGUCGUCAUGGAGCUGGCUGACUGUGCAUUGCCCCUGUUGCGUGAGGUUAUUCCCACCACGGAUCCUCUGGUUGGAUUCAAGGAUGUUUCAGCCGCGUUCCUUGUCGGUGCCAUGCCCCGAAAAGAGGGAAUGGAGCGCAAGGAUUUGUUGUCCGCUAACGUGAAGAUCUUCAAGGUGCAAGGUGAAGCUCUUGACAAGGUGGCCAAGAAGGAUGUGAAAGUGCUUGUUGUUGGCAAUCCGGCCAAUACCAAUGCGUUGGUUUGCGCCAACUACGCACCAUCUAUUCCACGGGAGAACUUCUCGGCUAUGACACGCCUGGAUCAGAAUCGUGCAGCUUCACAGAUUGCCACCAAAUUGGGUGUCUCCAUUAACCAAGUUAGCAACAUUAUCAUCUGGGGCAAUCAUUCCUCCACGCAAUACCCAGACGCUGCCCAUGGCAAGGUUCUCAUUAAAGAUGACUGGAAAUCAAUUACCGCAGCUGUCGGCAAUGAUGCUUAUCUGCAGGGUCAGUUUAUUGAAACUGUUCAAAAACGUGGUGCAGCUGUUAUUGGAGCUCGUAAAAUGUCGUCGGCUAUGUCGGCAGCCAAGGCCGCUUGCGAUCACAUGCACGAUUGGUGGAACGGCACUGCCCCAGGCAAAUUUGUCUCCAUGGGCGUCUUCUCCGAUGGCAGCUAUGGAUCGCCCGUCGGCGUGGUAUUCUCAUUCCCCGUGGAAAUUAAGAACAAGCAAUGGAAGAUAGUCGAAGGCUUGACCAUUAGUGAUUUUGGUAAAACCAAAUUGGGACUAACCAGCAAGGAAUUGGAAGAGGAGAAAAAUGAAGCCUUGUCCGUGUUAGACUCGGAAUCAAAAUUGUGAAGGAGCUUUUAUCCCAAUUGCACAUUUUACAUAACCGAACUUUUAUUUUUGUUAGAUAUGCAUUUAUAGGCAUUUCCCACAUGGCAAUAAUAUUUUGUAUAUAAUAUAAAUAAAAAAUAAUCUUCAAACAGUA